UUCGUGUGGGGGAAAGUUAUGAGAGUGACGAAACUACCAAGACCACAAAGCUUGUUGAUAAAAACCUGACAUUUUAUUCUUCACGUGAGGUGAGGUGCCGCAUCUGCCAGUGUGACGUCACUAGGCUGGAGGCGUGGCAAGGGAGCGGGAUUCCGGUGGAGGAUUAUACCCGUCGUGCCUUGCGGGCGAAGAUGGCGGCAGCUCAAGCUAAACGCUCCUCAACUUUGUCCGAGUGAUUUUACCGUUUGGCUGCCUGCGAAGAAGGCAGACUGUCUGUCUGUCGAGCGACCGGCCGAACAUCUUGGGCCGCUCCCGCCUUUGGAAGGAAGGAAGCCACCGCUCGGAUCGGAUCGGCCUGAACUUUGAGCUCAGCUGGCCUGGGCUGGGCUGGCUGCCGGCGCUCUCCGACUGGCCCGACUGACUGACUAAACGCCCGCCUGCCGGUCCGUCGAGGAAGGAAGGACAGAGGCCCAGGAUGAGCAGUGCGGCGCCGUCCAGGAAGCCGUACCGCAAAGCUCCGCCGCAGCAUCGCGAAGCUCGUCAUGGGCUUACGGCCGCGCCGCCUCAGACGCAACGGACGGACGACGGUCAGGAGGCCUCUUUGUCCGAAUCAGAGCGGAUCAGAAUCUUGGAGCAGCAGAAAGAGGAUCUCCGCCGGCGCUUGUCACUCUCUGUUCGCAAGAUGGAGGCCAUGGAGGCGGAGUUCGACGGCAGCCGCCAUUACAUGGAGGCGGAGCUGAGCCGUACCAGAGAUGACCUGGACAAGAUGAGGGACAAGUUUCGCAGACUACAGAACAGCUACACUGCGUCUCAGAGGGCCAAUCAGGACUUGGAGGAGAAGCUUCAUGCACUGGCUGCCGUCAGUCAGACCUGGGUCCACGCACUGCGGACUGUAGAGCGGGACAAGAAGACCAUGGACCGGGAGAUGGUGGAGCUUACCAACAAGCUGCUGGAGGCCAAGAACACCAUCGACCGCCUGGAGGAGCUUAAUGAACGUUACCGCCUGGACUGCAACCUGGCCGUGCAGCUGCUCAAAUGUAACAAGUCACACUUCAGGAACCACAAGUUUGCCGACCUGCCGUGCGAACUUCAGGACAUGUUGAAGAAACAAAUGAAGAGCAACAGCCUGGCCUGGCCAGGCCCCGCCCCCUGCGGCCAGGACCCCGACACGCUGAGCCUGACGCCCUCCGACGCCGUGCCCACCUCCGUCAUCGCCCGCGUCCUGGAGAAACCCGAGCCGCUGCUCCUCAACUCUGCGCGCUCUGGUAGUCAAGGCGGCCGCCCGCCCGGCGAGGACGUCUUUGUGCACGUAGACAUGACUGCAGCAGGCGGUGAGGACGCGCCGCCGCUGCCGCCGCCGCUAGAGAACCCCUGUGGCGAGACGGGCGAGGAAGCGGCCUCUUUCGACAAGCUGGACCCGUACCCGGUGCCGCCGCCGCCCAACCCGCUGUGCCCGGGACGAAAGGUGAUAGAGUUUUCCUCGGACGACAAAGUCAAGAUCCCCAAGAACGGCCCGCUGCCCAACUGCACCUAUGCCACGCGGCAGGCCAUCUCGCUGGGCCUUCGCGGCGACCCUAAACCCGCACCCACUCGCCCCGCCGAAGUUGACGCGCCCUCAGGCCAGUCCAGCCCCUUCAGCAGCCCGCCGCAGGGACCCAGCGCUGGGGCCAGCUCUGCCAGUUCCUCUGAGGACCUGCUGGCCAACUGGCAGCGGACGUCUGCGGGGGACGUGGCGGCCUACUCCGACGACGACGAAGAGGAGGGCUCUGCCUCCGGCCCGGACGUCUCCGAGCUCCGGCCGAACGGCGAGGAGGACAGCUUGGUCCGAGACUCACCGGCCGCCGUUCCGCCCCGCCUCUUGGACUUUGACCCUGCCUUCGCUGCCGCUGCGCUGCCGCGACCUCACAGGAGCCCCAAGCGGAUGGGGGUGCACCACCUACACAGACAGCAACAAUAACGCAGGUGCGGCCGUACACAGUUGUUGCUAGCAAACCAGCCAGCGCGCAUUUUGUUUUUAAGUAGACAAAUGCGCGCGCAGCGACAAGGAACUCCAUGAGGCGUCCGGCUGUCAUCGCCCAAACGGAUUGCAAAUGUGGAAGAAUUUUAUUCCGCUUUAUUCAAGCCACGAAAAUUUUCCCGUUAGCGGGUCAACACUAACUUCUCGACCGCGAUUGUCAUUCACUCUUCUCGUCGUUUUGUUUUCGAGCGGUCGCUUUCUCCUGCUCGUCGUUUUCAGUCCUUGUGAGUCGCAUAGGCUGCUAACACGUUAGCUUUUGGAGGGAAGCUCCCCACAAAGAGCCCCAUUCAUUUCCAAAGGGUUUCAAAUUUCAACAUGUAGCUCAUCCUACAUUUUUUGUCCCCAUCCGACAAAAGAAUUUCACAAAAUCAGUUUUUGCCAAAACAUCCCCCGUGAAUGGCUCCAUUCAGUUGUUCGUUUCCAGUGGGGGAAAAUGGAGCCGAUAUCAACAGGAAGUGACCUGAAAAGCCACAAAAUCUACAGGAAAUGACUCCAAAACCAACACGAAAUGAUCCCAAGUAUGCGGGAAGUAGGGUAAUCUGUGAGUACAUGAACAGAAGCGUAUUGAACCCGUUUUCCUUCAUUUUAUCAUCAUUACUUUAGCAACGUAUCAUGUUUGUCCAGAGUUUCAGAUCUAUUCAAAAAAAUUUCCCCCAAAAAAUUGGACUUCUACCCCAUCCAGUGAGACUUAUGUCGUUUCCACUUCCUACCUGCCGAGUGUCUCUUCUUUUCUAUUCUGCCUCGGCCCCGCCCACUAAAUCCUCUCCAAAUGAAAGAUGACAUCGCUCGCUCCCAAAAUCAGCUGCAGAUUUCUGCUAGCGUGCUAUUCGUUGACACUCUAUUAAUUUGUGCGGCACUGGAAAGCAUCAUCCAAAAUUAGAAUUGCUGACAAAAAGUGGGCAUUCACUGUUCCUGAUUUGGUUGGAAUGAUGCAAAAAAAAAAUAGCCAUAUUUGAGUGGCAUAUUGUUUUUUCUUUCUACAUGUAACAUGACAUUUUGAUUUUUCUGACACUCUUACCAUUCGAUAGCGCCUGCCUCAAACCCGCCCUUUGACCUCGGCGGUUCCGUCAACUGACUGAUGAUUGCAUUGUCAAUGGAUGUAUAUUUUCAAAUGAAUUUAAGGAAAAGCUACUCAUUGAAGACCCUUUUUUCAGUGUUGUCAAAUAGCUCCCCACCCCACGGGGGUUAUUGUCCGUUAGCUCAUUGGCUGCCACGAGACGUCCGAUUCAUUUUGACUGAGUCGGAGGGGGCAAAUGUUUUUUGCGAUUUUUCUGGUGAUUUUGGCGACAUUUUUUUUUUUUUUUUUUUUCUUUUUUUUUUGUGUUCGGACUAAGGCUAGCCACAUUUUUGUUGGCCCGGUGCAAAUUCUGAAAAUAGGACUAGAGCAGCUUGAAUUCAGCAGACAUUGUUGCACUUUUCAGCUCUAACACUAGAUGGCGCUUAUACGGUGCCUCCUCAUGACUUGACAUGUUGAAAUCAAUGUAGGAAACUAAUAUCUCCGUUUUACAAAAAUAAACUUUUAUAUAUGGCGGAAAACACUCAGAUGAAUUGAAGUUCCGCUGUGGGAUCCCCAAUUUCUCCAAAUUUCAAAAUUGUCCGAUAUGCACGUGUGAUACAUCACUCGAAAGUUUAAAACUGACAUGUCCAAAGUCCGGCCCGUGGGCCAAAUGCGGCCCGUGGUCAAAUUUCAUCCGGCCCCCAGCCUCUGUCAUAAAAUCAAUAACAUCUGGCCCGCACACAGACUUAAUAAAUUGGUCAGCAGUACUGCUACCAGUAUAUGAAGUAGCUUACACACUAAAUGCUGCUCCUCAUUUACCCACAAAAAGGCAGCAGCACUCUAAGCAACUCUAAGUGACCCUUUACUUCCAAUUUUCUAAAAUGGCAAUAGGCGGAAAACACUCAGGUGACUUGAAGUUCUGCUCUGAGACCCCCAAUUUGGCCAACUUUCAAAAUUGUCCGAUAUGCAUGUAUGAUACAUAAUUGAAAAGCUUAAAAUCUCAAUUGUCUGGGGGAAGAAAGAUUUUGAACAGGAGGUCAUUAAAAAAAAAAAAAAAAAAAAA